AUGUUACAAAAUGCAAAACACAGUAAUGGAAAUAGUAGUAGUGAUAGCAGUAAUAUUUGUAGUUAUAAUACUAAUAGCAAUAAUAAUAAUCAUGAGAUUAAUGAUGACGAGAACAAUGAUAAUGACACUAACAAACACUGCAUUCCUAGCAACAAUGAUUCUCAAAAGAUUGGCUUUGUUGGGGCCUUUCAACCUGUUAAACCACGUGGAAAUGUGUCUCUAUCACCUGUUGUAUCAUGCAUGGAAUCCUCGGCAACCAAACCUGAAGAAAAAUUGCUUUCACGUCAGAUGGACGAAAUGGCAGUUGAUUCUUCCACUCCAACUACAACAACAACAGAACGACGUAAAAAGAAGCCUUACAAGGAGUUGACGUUGGAAGAAAAAGUGCAGCUAAUCCGACUAGCAGAAGAAAAUGCCGGCAUGAGUCAAGCAAGCAUUGCCGAACGCUACUCUAUCGCUAAAAGUAAUGUUUGCCGAAUAUUACAACGGAAACACGAAUAUCUACGAGCAUAUGAAUGCGCAGGUUUCGCAGGUUCACGUAAACGUAAGUUACGUGGUGAUCCGCAACAGCAGCAGAACCAACAUCAACAACAAUCACGUGUGAAUAGUUGCCGAGAAUUAAAUAAUUCCCUAAUGACAGCAGAAACUGCAAGAAAACAUGGAAUUACGGGCAGUCAAGCAAAUUAUCCUGAAAUAUCUGGUACCACUGAACAAGCUACUACGGACAAUCAUUGUGUUAUUCCGCAACGUCCCACUGCAAUUAUUCGACGUGGCAAUGAAACACUUCGCGCACAUAUGUACAAGCAGCAUCAGAUUUCGCGCAUGUUUAUGUGCAGAUGUUGUAACUGGGCUUUCCCGGAUAAAACCAGUCUGCAUAUGCAUAUUCAGGCAAAAGAAGAAGGGAAGACAAUAUCUGUUCCAGUCAUAGGUAAAGGUAAUCCACCGACAAGCCACCAAAAUCCUCAUCAACAACAGCAGCAGCAUACACAGCAGCAAAAUGAGAAUCUAACAGUUUCUAAUGUACUUGUGGAAGAUGGACGGCAUUCUCCGCAAGCAUCUACGCUUCAUAUGCCUCAGCCACGUGUUCCCACAACUAAUCCAUUUGCUCCGUUGCAGCUUCAUUCUCUUAUGACUCUUACACCGCAACAGGCAGUCAACUUGAAUGACCAAACUUCACUUCAAGCAGCUGCGGCGACAUUAUUUCCACAAAUGGCAUUGCUUCGUGGUGCAUCCGGAAGUGGAACUCAUGUAGAUGAUUUAAUGUCAAAAUUACGUGAACGUCUGAUGCUCAACAAUUUAGUAGCACAAUCAAGCUUCAAUUUAGCUGCUUGGCUGGCUACUUAUCCUAAAAUCGACCAUGCAAAUAAAAAUGGAACAGAUGGGAACCCAUUAGAUUUGUGUUCACUGAAAGAAUCUAGGGUUAAUCUGAUUCCGGAAGAUGACGAAAUCAAUGUCGACAAGGAGUAUGACGAUGAAAUUUUAACCCAUGAGCAAAACACUACAAAUGACCAGCAAUCAUCAAACAUUGUGGAAUUCAGUGCAAAAGAUUCAUCUGCUGUAACUAGAACUAGUCGUGAAGUUGUGAGCAGUACAAACGCUGAUUACAAAGAACGUCCCAAAAGUGCCCAAGAAACGAACAAAGCUUUGCAUGAAUCCUUGCUAAGACCGGCUUCCGAUACCGCUGUCAUUCGCACAACUUCACUUAGUACAAUGCCAAAUUUGCGUUCUGCCAUAAGCAAUUCAUUGAAAAAUGAUAUGAACUCUGCGUUGAAAAAUGAAACGUGCAAAAGUCUGCUGCUCACUGAUACUCCGAACAAAAGCUUGGAUAGUAUUAUCAUUAGCAACAGAAGCAACACCAAUAGCAGUAACAAUGUUAUUGAAGAGCAUGUACUGAGUGAGGCAUCAGAUACUAUCGAAAAUCAUAUUUCGCCUUCUGAAACACAUAGCAGUACUAGUAAUGGCACUUCACCUCCUGAUUCUCGGGAAUGCUUUGAAUGCGCAGUCUAUCGAGGGAAACUUGCUGUGGCCGAGAGUAGAUGUCAAUACUUGGAGGAACGAACUGCUACUCUUCAAUCUGAUGCAAUUCGCUUCAGUACUCGAGUAACAGUUUCUGAAACAUCUUCACGACAAUUCGAGCAGGAAAGUCGCUUCUUGCGGGAUCAGAACGAAGUUUUGCAACGAAAAUUAUUGGAAUGUCAAGAGAAGACACUGGCAUUCAUGCAAGGUGAUCAAGCUUCCAACGCUCAAGCUGUGGCUCUCUAUCUGAACGACAUCUUGAAAACGACUUUCCUUCGAUGA